CAUUACUUGAUCUCUCCUGAGGGAUCUGUUCCUGGGCCAAUCAGCCUUCCUUGGACAAAGCCACUGAUGCUCAUAGGGAGAAACUGAUACCUCAAGACUUAUUGGGAGCCUUGUGGGCAACACUCUUCUUUGCCUUUUCUUCCUUUCUGGUUCAGCCUUGUGCCUAAACUGUUGCCAAGAUGCCCGGCGCAUAUAAAGGAGAAUGUGGGGAGGAUGUGGACCCCAUGUUGUUCCUGGCUCCCAGCGAGAAAGAGAAGAUUGAGGCAAUGGGCAAGUCGUAUGACAUCAAGAAGUCAGUGUGGGUCAAGGAUGAAAAAGAGGGAUUCAUCGCUGGAGAAGUUCAGUCCGAAAGUGACAAUCAAGUCACUGUGAAGACAGUGACAAAUCAGACCGUCACCCUAAAGAAGGAUGAUGUUCAUCAAAUGAACCCACCCAAGUUCUACCAGGUUGACGACAUGGCCAACAUGACCUUCCUGAAUGAAGCCAGCGUCUUAGACAACCUGCGGCAGCGUUAUGCAAUGAUGAGGAUCUAUACUUAUUCCGGCCUGUUCUGUGUCACCAUCAAUCCUUAUAAGUGGCUGCCCAUCUACGGAGCCCGAGUGGCCCAGAUGUACAAGGGCAAGAAGCGUACGGAGAUGCCCCCUCACCUCUUCUCCAUCUCUGACAACGCCUACCACGACAUGCUCAUGGAACGUGAAAAUCAGUCUAUGCUGAUCACCGGAGAAUCCGGAGCUGGCAAGACUGAAAACACAAAGAAAGUCAUUCAGUACUUUGCCAACAUUGGUGGUACUGGCAAGGUUUCUAUUGAAACAAAGGGGUCCCUGGAAGAUCAAAUCAUCCAGGCUAACCCUGUCCUGGAAGCCUUUGGAAAUGCCAAAACAACUAGAAACAACAAUUCCUCCCGCUUUGGCAAAUUCAUCCGAAUUCACUUUGGUAGCACAGGGAAACUGGCUGGAGCUGACAUUGAGAGCUAUCUCCUAGAGAAAUCUCGGGUCAUUUCUCAGCAACCUGCUGAAAGGGGUUAUCACAUCUUCUACCAGCUCCUCUCCAACAGGAAGCCAGAACUUGUUGAGGCUUUGCUUUGUGUGCCUGAUGCUAAGGAAUACCAUUGGACAAGCCAAGGUGUAACUACUGUCGACAACAUGGACGACAAAGAAGAACUGCUUCUCACAGAUACGGCCUUUGACGUCCUGGGCUUCAGCCAUGAAGAGAAGAUUAGCGUGUACAAGCUCACCGGAGGCAUCAUGCACUUUGGCAAUAUGAAAUUCAAGCAGAAGCCAAGAGAGGAACAGGCAGAUGUGGACACCACUGAGGUGGCUGACAAAGUCGCCCACCUCAUGUGUCUCAACUCUGGGGACCUCCAGAAGGGCAUCACCAGGCCCCGGGUGAAAGUGGGCAAUGAGUUUGUGCAGAAAGGGCAAAACAUGGACCAGUGCCACAACUCUGUCGGUGCUCUGGGCAAAGCCGUCUAUGACAAGAUGUUCAAGUGGCUAGUCGUCAGGAUCAACAAGACCCUGGACACCAAGGCGCAGAAGCAGUUCUUCAUUGGGGUGCUGGAUAUUGCUGGGUUUGAAAUCUUUGAGUUCAACAGCUUUGAGCAGCUCUGCAUCAACUUCACCAACGAGAAGCUGCAGCAGUUCUUCAACCACCACAUGUUUGUGCUGGAGCAAGAAGAAUACAAGCGAGAAGGCAUCGAGUGGGUUUUCAUUGACUUUGGUCUGGAUCUGCAGGCUUGCAUUGACCUACUGGAAAAGCCCAUGGGCAUCUUCUCCAUUCUUGAAGAGCAGUGUGUGUUCCCUAAGGCAACUGAUGCUACUUUCAAGGCUGCCCUCUACGAUAAUCAUUUGGGCAAGUCUCCCAACUUCUUGAAGCCUAAAGGAGGUAAAAGCAAAGGGCCCGAAGCCCACUUUGAGCUGGUGCAUUAUGCUGGCACGGUGGGUUACAAUAUCACUGGGUGGCUGGAGAAAAACAAGGACCCUCUGAAUGAAACAGUAGUGGGCUUGUUUCAGAAGUCUGGAAUGCCCUUGCUCUGCACUCUCUUUAAAGAAGAAGAGGCCGCAGCGUCAGGAUCCAAGAAGCAGAAAAGAGGAUCCUCCUUUAUGACUGUGUCAAACUUCUAUAGGGAGCAGCUGAACAAGUUGAUGGCCACCUUGCACAGCACAUCCCCACAUUUUGUGCGCUGCAUCAUUCCCAAUGAGUUCAAGCAAUCCGGAGUGGCGGAUGCCCAUUUGAUCUUGCAUCAGUUGGCCUGUAAUGGUGUCCUAGAAGGUAUCCGUAUUUGCAGGAAAGGCUUCCCCAACAGAUUACAGUACCCUGAGUUUAAACAAAGGUACCAGGUGUUGAACCCCAAUGUCAUCCCUCAGGGAUUUGUGGACAACAAGAAAGCCUCAGAACUUCUGCUGGGAUCUCUUGACCUGGGAGAGAAUGAGUACAAGAUUGGGCAUACAAAGGUGUUCUUCCGUGCUGGAGUCUUAGCCAAGCUGGAAGACAUGCGAGACGAGCGUUUGGCAAAGAUCCUGACCAUGCUGCAGUGCCGUUCCCGUGGCUACCUGAUGAGGGUCGAAUUUAAAAAGAUGCUGGAGAGAAGGCUGGGCCUGAUACUUAUCCAGAGGAAUAUCCGCAAGUUCUUGCAGAUGCGAUACUGGGGUUGGUGGAAGCUGUAUAACAAGGUCAAGCCCCUGCUGAAUGUGGCCCGACAAGAGGAGGAAAUGAAAGUGAAGGAGGAGGAGCUGAGGAAUGCCAUGGCAAAGACUCAGGAAUUGAUGGAUCGUGUCAAAGAGCUGGAAGAAAAGACAAAUACCCUCAGCCAAGAGAAGAAUGACUUGACCAUCCAGCUGCAGGCUGAGCAAGAGAAUCUGAUGGACGCUGAGGAGCGCCUGACCCAAAUGAUGAAGGCGAAGAUGGACCUGGAGAGCCACAUCUCAGACAUGAAAGAGCGCUUGGAAGAGGAAGAAAGUGCAGCCGCGUCCCUGGGUGCCAACAAGCGCAAGCUGGAGGGAGAGCUCAAUGAUCUCAAGCGGGACCUGGAGGGGCUGGAAACCACCCUCGCCAAGACAGAGAAAGAGAAACAGGCUUUGGAUCACCGAGUGCGGACUCUGACCAGCGACCUCUCAGCACGGGAUGACUCUAUUGCCAAACUCCAGAAGGAGAAGCGGGCUCUGGAAGAACUACACCAGAAAACUCUUGAUGACCUCCAAGCAGAGGAAGACAAAGUGAAUCAUCUCACCAAAAACAACAGUAAACUUAGCACUCAGAUACACGAGCUAGAGGACAACUGGGAGCAAGAGAAGAAAAUCCGUGCCGAGGUGGAGAAGGCCCGUCGCAAGGCAGAGGGCGACUUGAAAAUGACCAUUGAAAACCUCAACGAAAUGGAAAGGGCAAAGAUCGAUUUGGAGGAGGUGGUUAAGAAGCGAGACUUAGAAAUCAACUCUAUCAACACCAAAGUGGAGGACGAGCAAGCACUGAACUCCACGCUGCAGAGGAAACUGAAGGAGCAUCAGGCCCGGAUUGAAGAGCUGGAGGAAGAACUUGAAGCUGAACGUUCUAUCAGGGCAAAGGUUGAGAAACAGCGCAGUGACAUCUCCCGGGAACUAGAAGAGCUCAGCGACAGACUGGAAGAAGCUGGAGGGGCUACAACCGCUCAAAUUGAGCAAAACCGCAAGCGGGAGGGUGAGCUGCUCAAGCUUCGUCGGGAGCUUGAAGAGGCUGCCUUGCAGAGCGAGGCCACGGCUUCCACCCUGCGCAAGAAGCACACGGAUGCCAUGGCUGAGAUGACGGAGCACCUGGAGAAUCUGCAGAGGGUGAAGUCCAAGCUGGAGAAAGACAAGCAGGUCAUGAAGGCCGAGAUUGAUGACCUCAGUGGCACCAUGGAGACUAUCCAGAAGUCCAAGCUGAAUGCUGAUGCUCAUGUCCGCAAACUGGAAGACAACCUGGCAGAAGCCAAUGCAAGGCUGGCUGAGAUGGAGAAGAACCAAGCAGAAAUCAAUGCCAUCCGGACCAGGCUUCAAGCCGAGAACAGUGAGCUGAGCCGUGAGCACGAGGAAAGUCAGACAAGGCUGAACCAGAUCUUCCGUGUCAAGACAUCCCUCACCUCCCAGGUGGAUGACUUCAAGCGGCAGCUUGAUGAAGAGUCGAAGGUCCGGAGUGCUGCAGUGGUGAGCCUGGCUAACACCAAGCACGACCUGGACCUGAUCAAAGAGCAGCUGGAAGAAGAGCAAGGCGGGAAAGUGGAGCUGCAGCGCCUGGUCUCCAAGCUCAACACCGAAGUCACGACGUGGAGGACCAAAUAUGAAACCGAUGCCAUUCAGAGGACAGAGGAGCUGGAAGAGACCAAGAGAAAGUUGACUGCCCGGCUCCAGGAGGCAGAGGAGACGGCUGAAUCGGCUCAAGCUCGGGUGGCCAGUAUGGAGAAGACCAAGCAGAGGCUCCAAAUGGAAGUGGAAGACCUUACUCUGGAUCUUGAGAAGUCCAAUGCAGCCUGCGCAGCCCUGGACAAGAAGCAGAGGGUCUUUGACAAGAUGCUGGCGGAAUGGCAGCAGAAGUGUGAGGAGCUGCAGCUGGAAGUGGACAACUCCCAGAAGGAGUGCCGCAUGUACAUGACGGAGAACUUCAAGCUCAAGACGGCCUACGAGGAAUCCUUGGAGCACCUGGAAUCCGUGAAGAAGGACAACAAGACUCUCCAGGAGGAGAUUAAAGAUCUGAUUGACCAGCUGGGCGAGGGCGGAAGGAGCGUCCACGAGCUGCAGAAGAUGAAGAAGAAACUUGAGGUGGAGAAGGACGAGCUGCAGAUGGCCCUGGAGGAAGCAGAGUCUUCCCUUGAGGUGGAAGAGAGCAAACUCAUCCGCAUCCAGCUUGAGUUGGCGCAAGUCAAAGCUGACAUUGACAGGAGGAUUCACGAGAAGGAGGAGGAGUUUGAAGCUACAAGGAAAAACCACCAGCGUGCCAUUGAGUCCCUGCAGUCCAGCCUGGAGAUGGAAGCUAAAGGACGGGCCGAGGCGCUCCGUCUGAAGAAGAAGAUGGAGACGGAUCUGAACGAGAUGGAGAUCCAACUGGACCACGCCAACAGGAACAACAGCGAGCUUGUCAAGACACUGAAGAAACUCCAGCAGCAGAUCAAGGACCUGCAGAUCCAGAUGGACGAGGACGCCCGCCAGCACGAGGAGCUCCGUGAGCAGUACAACCUCCAGGAGCGCCGCCUCAGCCUUCUCCAGACUGAGCUGGAGGAAGUCCGCACCGCCCUGGAGGGCAGCGAGCGCUCCCGCAAACUCCUUGAGCAGGAGCUGGUGGAGGUCUCCGACAGGCACAAUGAACUCAGUGUCCAGAACCAGAGCCUGUUGGUGAUCAAGCGCAAGCUGGAAUCUGACCUUCAGCGCAUCACAAAUGAGCAUGAGGAGCUCAUCAGUGAGUUCCGAGUGGUGGACGAGAGAGCGAAGAAAGCCGUGGCUGAUGCAACCCGUAUGGCGGAAGAGCUGCGUCAAGAACAAGAUCACUCCAUGCACCUGGAGAGGAUCAAGAAGAACCAAGAGGUCACCAUAAAGGACCUGCAAAUCAAGAUGGAGGAAGCUGAGCAAAUGGCCCUGAAAGGAGGGAAGCGCAUGAUCAUGAAGCUCGAGACCAGGAUUAAGGAGCUGGAUACAGAGCUGGACUCCGAGCAGAAGCGCCACGUGGAGACAGUGAAAAUCCUGCACAAGAAUGAACGGCGCCUGAAGGAGCUCGUCUUCCAAACGGAGGAGGACCACAAGACCAACCAGCGAAUGCAGGAGCUAGUGGAGAAGCUGCAGAACAAGCUGAAGACGUACAAGAGACAAAUCGAGGAGGCUGAAGAACAGGCUAACCAGAGCCUGGCAAGGUACCGGAAAACUGUACAUGAGCUGGAUGAUGCCGAGGAGAGGGCCGGAAUGGCCGAGUCGGCCCUGAACAAACUACGCACCAGGCACCGGGUCUCAGCAGGCAAAGCCUUCACCUCUGUGGAAAUCAUCCAGGUCUCCAAGUCAGCCAGUUCUAAGUCGGUUGCUGAGGAGUAGAUCCUGCCUCUUUGAAUGUGCAGCUGGCAGAUGGAUGAAGCAAUUCCAGACAGCUGCCGCUUGCAAGAUUGCUACCAUAGUGAUGACUGGAGCAGCUUAAGCCUAUUGACGAGACACCUGCAUGGAAAAAGACAGAAGGAAGGUGGAAGUGAAGAGUAUCUUCGCAUCCAUUGGGAGACCGGGGGUUAUCUAAGCAUCCAACAUACACAGGAGCUUGGAAUUCAGCGUUUGCCCCAGAGUGUGUUUUCUUUAUCAUGAAGGUUAUAUUGCUAUGUUUUCUGAGUUGGAACAAGUCUGUUUUUAAUGCAGCCUGUUUGCAUUUUCAUGUCAAGGACGGAAAAUGUUACGAAGGCAAGGCUCGAGCUGUCUCUUGUAAAUAAUUCCCCUUACACGAGUAGUCUUAAUGCAUAGUCUUAAUAAAGCUUGAUCCCAUAGAAAUGAAA